UGGAAGUUGUAUGGGAAACAAAAACAAGGAGCAGUUUGGUGUGUCAAGUUAUCCAGUAGCUUUCUGCUCGUUCUGUGAGUGUAUUAUGCAGAUUGUAAACAGGGAUACCUGUUGGUGACUUACGAAGAAACCUGCCGUCUAUAAUAUCGUCAGUUAUACCGUCGCUGAUCGUCAAGAUCUAUGCUCUGAUAGCUGGCAAUCUCAGUUAGAGGUUCGUCAUGUCCUGGAAGUGAACCAUCUCGGACGUCUGCAUUGUAUGUCACCUGGAGGAUAUUAGGAUAAAUAUGAAGAUUUGGUAGCUAUGGAUCAUACAAGCAACGAGGCAUUUAAACUCCUAAAGCAACUGAAUUUACACCUGGAACUGGAGUCCAAAUAUCAGCCCAGGGAGAAGGGCUUGAUCCUCAUUGAGUCCACAGCAGAGAAUGAUAAUUCUAUCUGUCCGAGGUUGAGGAAUGCAAAAGUUGAAGACCUAUGGAGUCUGACAAACUUUUUUGGUCUGGGUAUGGAAACAUUUGUGUUGGCUGUUAACAUCUUGGACAGAUUCUUGGCAAUCAUGAAGGUGAAACCAAAGCAUUUGUCUUGCAUUGGAGUCUGUUGCUUUCAGUUGGCAGCCAAAGUAGUGGAGGAAGACUGCAAUAUUCCAUCUGUUCAUGAUGUGAUCCGUAUUAGCCAGUGUAAAUGCACGGUGUCAGACAUGAACCGCAUGGAAAAGAUAAUUUCGGAAAAAUUGCACUUUGAAUUUAAAGCUACAACUGCCUUAACGUUUUUGCACUUGUAUCACACAGUAGUCCUCUGCCAUUCUUCUAAAAGGAAAGAAGUAUUAAACCUGGACAAACUGGAAGCUCAGCUGAAAGCUUGCAACUGUCGUCUUAUUUUUUCAAAAGCAAAACCCUCAGUGUUAGCCUUGUGCCUUCUUACUCUUGAAGUAGAAACCUUGAAGUCUUUAGAACUGUUUGAAAUUGCUCUUCGUGUACAAAAGCAUUCUAAGGUCAAUGAUGAGGAUAUGCUUUACUGGAGAGAGUUAGUCUCAAAAUGCCUGGCAGAUUAUUCUUCUCCUGAGUGCUGCAAGCCAGACCAUAAGAAACUGGUAUGGACUGUGUCCCGACGUACUGCUCAGAACCUGCAUAAUAGUUACUAUAGCGUCCCAGAGUUGCCAACAAUUCCAGAGUGUGGCCGAAUAAAUGAAAGUGAAAGAUGGAACCUGUUUUGAAAUCCUAGAUUGGAACCAACUUUCAGACGAAGAGGUUGCAUUUAUUAAAGAACUGAAACCCAGCCACGUCCUUGCAUUUACGACGGGAAGUGGCAAUAUACCUGGUCUAGGAUUUUCUCCUAGGCCACGAAUAUAAUUCAUUCAUGAUGAGCAUGUCUAUCCAAUUGCACACACAUGCAACAAUGAGCUUCAGUUGUUUGUCAAUACCAAAACAACCAAAGAUAAUAAUUCUUAUUUCUUAUUAACUGCUCUUAUGAAUGGGGAAGUAUUUAGCACUGUGUAAUUAAAAUUUAAAGUACAGACAUUGGUCUGUAGCCUAUCAAGCAAUUGCAUACCAUUCAUGAAAACUGUUGAAAAAAUUAUCUUUGGUUGCAUGUUUUCUGUUUAUUUAAAGGGGAACUAUAAUGAAUUCUUAAUAGAUAAAAAAUAGUUUAUGUAAAAAGAAAUGUUUUUUAAUUCUGUAGCAUCAUAAAGAUAAUAAAUGAAGAUAACUGUAUCCAGAGCAGCCUUUUUUCCCUUACUUCUGGCAGUCUGCCAAAAUCAUUGUUUCUCCAGGUUACUCCACCAAUAGUGGGAGUGCUUGUCCCAGUCUCUCUUUUCAUCCAUUCCUUGUGGAGUUUCCUUGUGAAGUCAUAAGUGAGUGCUGUAUGUGUUAUAAACAUUGCAAAGGGCAAAGUGGUGAGGCUGGUUACUCAAAAAACUCUCUUGCGAGUGUGCAUGAGAAUGUAAAAAUAGGAAUACUGUUUACUGCACACUGUUGUCUUAUCUUCACUCUGCUUUAAACAAUGUUAAAAAGACAUACAGCUCUUACUUAUGACUUCACAUGGAUAAUCUGCAAAGCAUGGAUGAAAAACGAGACAGAAUUUGUUAGUACAAGCAUUAGUAUUAGAGUCGGCAAUAAUGAUUUUGUCAGCCUGCCAGGAGUGAGGAAGGAACAUUGCAGAAAGCUAUGAAUUCAGUGAUCGUCAUCCAUUUUCUUCACAACAAUACAAAAUUAAAAAACAUCAUAUUUAAUAAAUUAUUUCUUUUUACAGAAACUAUUAAGGGCAAUGGUCCACAAGGAGUUUAAUCACCAGCGAUAAAUCUCUGCUUCUGUAGGCAACUAAUGUCCUUUAAAUGCUUUCCCAACGGCAGUAAAAUGAAUCACAGGUGGUAAAACCAAGUGUUGGUCUUCCGAUGUUGCUAUAAGUUGCCCCAAGAAGAAACUUCAGUUGACUUUAGCAGACUGAAGUAUCACGUGGGUUUUACUACAGGCGAUUCACAUUUGGAGAUUAGUCGCCCACAGAAGCAGAGAUUUAUCGCUAGCAAUUGAACUCCUUGUGGACCAUUGUCCUUAUGCUCUGUGUUAAAAAUUCCUGAUAGUUCCCCUUUAAUGUUUAGUGUGUGCCACAGGCAGUUUUUGUUGUUUCUAAACUGCAAGAAUAUGACUGUUUUUCAUAUUUGCUUGCACUGCGAUAAACUGUUGUUUUCUCAUAUUUUCUUGCACUGCAAUAAAUACACUGUUGUGUUUAUAUUUAAUUACCCUAAA